AUGUCGGGACUUGAGGUAGUGGGCGUGGCGCUCGCGAUCCCGGCGGUAGUCCAACAGCUAAUAAAUAUAUCUGUCAAAGGAUAUGAUAUUUUUCAAAGUGCGAAGCUAGCUGGCACUGAACUACAAAAACACCAAGUCGCUCUCAAAGUAAUAUACGUCAAGCUCGAAGAAUGGGUUAGCCAGUUGCAACGAUUGGGAGAAGAUCUAGAAGUGGUACUUGGGGCGUCAACGAUGCGUUACGCCACGACUCUAGAUGUACUCGCUCUAAUCGCUGGAGAAUUUGUGGGGGUGAACCAGUUAAACAAGAAGUACCAGGUCGCUGGCUCAAGCUCGGAUAAGCUACCACGGGUUGAAGGAGCGCAACUCGAAGUCAAAAGACCGGAACGAUGGAGAACGAGGCUAUCUUGGCUCCGACGCAGCCGCAAAAAGAUUGGACAUCAAAAAACAGGAGCGGUAACAUCAGAUGACAAUUUCAUCGUACCUUCUCAAAACAUACAGUCAUUGAAAGAAGCCAGCCGUAGUACCUCUGAACUUUCGGAGUAUUCAGAUGCCCCUGCUGUUGGUAGCAUAGGCACCCUCCUCGACCUCUCGAGUGGAAUCAACUUAGAUACCUGUGUCACUGGUUUGGACUUACAUAUCAAGCUGGUGGAAGAAAAGACAAGCAGAUAUGGCGAGGCGCUGAAAAUCGCACAAUGCUUCGACUGGGCACUUUAUGAUAGCCAAAAGCUCGAGAAGCAUAUAAGCCAGUUGGACCUUUUCACAUCAUGGCUCUAUGAGCUAACUAGGCGGAAAUUUAAGGUCCGGUUAAGAGGUCUCGACCCAACGUUAACAAGUCGCCCCUUUAACGAGUUCGAGCCGCCCUUUGUUCCUUCCCAUCCCCUCGACACUAAAUUUUGCGGCCGCGAUGACGAAAUGAAUCAAAUAAAAAGUUACCUAGAAACAGGAUCUCAGCAAGAUUAUUAUCCACGUGUGAUGGUAAAUUUGCAUGGCAUGGGCGGUAUAGGGAAAUCCCAGCUCGCUCGACAAUUUGUCGAGACAAACAAAAAAAGCUAUACGGCUAUCAUAUGGAUCCACGCUGCCGACACCAGAACCUUACAUGCGACUGCUAUACAAUUUUUGAAGGCUUUAGUCGCUCAUUAUGAUACCAAAUACAACAGCCAUGUGCGUACUGACCAACGAAAAUUUGAAGAUGUCGAAAAAGAGCUUGGAAUUCCCGGCCAAAUAGAUGGUUCCGGACAGUUGACAAAUGAAGCCUCAAAGAACCCGUGGCAUUUCGUUCGUAACUGGAUGUUGAAAGAAGGAAAUCACCGAUGGUGUUUGGUAUUUGAUUCUAUAGAUACCAAAGAGGGGAUUGAAGGGAUAAAUAAACUGCUUCCCUCUUGCCACUAUGGCCACGUCAUUAUAACUUCUAGAAUAAGAGUUCCCGAUGCUGAAAUCAUCUCCAUUCCACAUCUGGACUUGAAUUCUUCAGUAAAGUUACUUUUGGGCAGGAAAACCGACGUGGCUACCGAAGUCAGGCAGGCAGCGGAAGAAGUGGCCAAUAAACUCGGAUACCUCCCAGUUGCGCUGUCGCAGGCUGCCGCGUACGUUGCUAGGACGGCGCUUAGCCUCGUUAAAUAUUUAGCUAGACUUAAUGAGAAUUUAAGUCGAUAUCUGGGGAUGAAAUCUGAAGGAUACCCGGAGGGCGUCUUCUCAUGCUGGAUGUUAUCAGUCCAUACAAUUAUGGAAUCCAAUCCUUACGCCAUCGAACUUCUUAGACUUUGCUCUUUUUUAAGCCCUCAUGGGGUUUCUGAGGAACUACUCUACCGUGGCGUGGGAGCUAUUGACUGGGCGCAGAAUGAUACCUCCCGAUUAGAUGAAGCUCUAGAUGAGCUUGUCACAUACUCCCUGAUUACGCGCAAAUCGGAUAGCUUUGGCACCUCCGAGGAAAAGCAGUCAUUUUGGAUCCACCCAUUAGUCCAACACUGGGCAAAGAAUUAUUAUUGCAAAGAGAACAUCGUUGUCCUGGAAGACAAUAAAGAGCGGCUGGCCGAACUUCAUUCAAUUGGUGCACGAGCUGCCAUUCGUUUAGUAGGUUGGGGGGUUGUUGGCCAACCUACCGAUCGGAAACUUAGCGAAUGUGUUUACGAACGCGCGAAUAUGGCUCACCUUAAUUUAUGCAUGGAUCAGUAUCUGUUGAAACAGAAAGUUGUAAACCGAGAUUCAAAGGAUAAGAAGCUUGCUGCUGCCCUUUUCAGGCUAGGAGAAACCAAAUGCGAAUGGGAAGAAGAUCAUAUUGCCAUCGAAGUUCUCAAAACUUCGAUUCAGAUAUACACGAACGCUUUACCUGAAGAUCCCAAUGUUGAAGUUGACUUACUUAUAGCUCGCCAGCGGUUGCUCGGAGUAUAUAUGCAUCUUGGAGUUGACAGUUUUGAUUCUGAAAUCGACGUAGAAUAUAUCGGCCGAGAAAUCAAUGAAAUUCGACAAAGGUUCAAGGUAUUACAACCGGAUCUAGAUGAUUUUUAUUUGAUUAGGUGCGAGAUACUACAAGCUGGAUACUUUUCCGAAAGUGGCGAGUUAGAUCAAGCAGCAGAGGUAUUCGAAAGUUUAAUAGCAAGGCUUCGAAAUAUGGAGGGCCCAGACUGGGUUCAAAAUAUGUAUCUGUCUUCCCUGAGAAACCGCGCAUACUUAUACUUCCGCCGGGGGGAACUUCACAAGGCUGAAGAAUAUUUGGGUAAGAGUGUAGAAUUGUGGCAGGAAACACCAAAGGAAUGGGAUUUACGCGCCAUCCUGAUGUUUGAAGACUUUGGAUUGCUCAAAAACGAGUUAAACGAUUACGCUGAAGCUUGUGAAUGCUUUAGAAAAGCCGCGGCGGGUUCUGAGUUGAAUUACGGUCUUUCAAAUACUCUUACUCUUCGGCUGUUGGGAAAUCUUCGGAAGACCUACAUCGAACUUGGUCAAUUUAGAGAGGCAGUACAGAUUGUGGAAAAGAUACACAGGGGAAAAAUACUCUGA